AUGACCCGCCGGCUGAGCAGCUCCACCCGUUCCCACACUGAGGACUCCAUCUUCCUGAGGCCCGACGAGGACCCCGUCUGGCUAGAUGAGCCCACAAAGACUGAUAAAAUAGGCGACGGAGCCUCUAAAAGAGACAGGCAACCAAAGUACAAAGAUGGACCAGCAGGGGGCCCAGGUCCGCAGAGAGAGGAAGUGUUUAUGCACAAGGUGUAUGCGCUCGUGAUUGAGAUCCACUGCUGGGCUGCACUGUUUGCCGUCUCCCAAGUCACGGGGUACUGGGUGUUUUUUGUGGUGGAAGGAAAUGGACCUCUCUCUUCCAUCUACAAAGCCCUGCAGGUCAUUGACUUCUACCUUGGCUUCAUCUUACCCUGCCACCCGAUAUUUGGAAUGGACUCCUUGGUGUUGAUGAGGGAAGUUGUGAACACCAAAGAGCACAACUGGAUUGUCCAUGGAACUGCAGGCAUUGGUGUGGCCAUCUGUGUCCUCAUGGUUGUCCACAUGGCGUGUAAGUGGCGUUAUGGCUCUGGCUCGUGGUCGUCAGGAACUGUGUCGCGGGACAUUGGUGAUCGCCGUCAGUCAGUGAGCCGCCAGCCCUCCUUCACCCUGUCAGAGUGGACAGACGCUCAGGAGGAUCUGCUGGACAUGGACCCUGAGCCACAGACGCCGGUCUUUGACAUAGGCACCGACAUCAGGGCGGAGGGAGACGCCGCCACCCUCACCGUCACAUCAGUGGGGCUUCAGGAGAGGAGGGGCUCCAACGUUUCCCUGACCUUGGACAUGUGUACACCGGGCUGCACCGAGCCCUACGGCUACGGAGGCCAGCUCUCCCCCAGAGACCAGUCGGCCAAGGAGUACCUCCGACAGGGGGCCAACACCCUGACCCCUGACAUGCUACACACACGGGCCAUAGAUGACGAAAGCCUGCAGGCUGAGUUUUAUGAAACUCCCAUGAACUUUGUGGACCCUAAGGAGUACAACUACCCAGGGCUGGUGAGAAAGAACCGCUACAAAACCAUCUUACCCAACACACACAGCAGAGUGAUCUUGAAGUCACAGGACGAAGACGAUUUCCUCACUACUUACAUCAAUGCUAAUUAUCUCAAAGGUUAUGGGGAUGAGCAGUGUGCCUACAUUGCCACCCAGGGUCCCACCGUGAACACAGUGGGGGACUUCUGGAGGAUGGUGUGGCAGGAGAGAUGCCCAAUCAUAGUGAUGAUCACCAACCUGGAAGAGAAAAACGAGAAAUGUGCAGAGUACUGGCCUGAGGACACUGUGACCCAUGAAGGCAUCGAGAUCACUGUCGUCACAGUAACACAGGAGGAUGACUACAGUCUGAGGGUGUUUACUUUAAAGUGUGGGGAAGAGGAGCGCAGUCUGCAGCAGUACUGGUACACCUCGUGGCCUGAUCAGAAGACUCCAGACAAGGCUCCGCCUCUUCUGGAACUGGUGCAGGAAGUGGAAAGGGCCCGAGAGGAAGCCCCGCCAUCCAGUGGCCCUAUAAUUGUCCACUGCAGUGCUGGAAUUGGUCGAACUGGCUGCUUCAUCGCCACCUCCAUCCUGUGCAAGCAGCUGAGGACUGAGGGUGUGGUUGACAUCCUGAGAACCACCUGCCAGCUCCGUCUGGACAGGGGCGGGAUGAUCCAGACCAGCGAGCAGUACCAGUUUGUGCAUCACGUCCUCAGCCUGUAUGAGAAACAGCUGCCUCAUGCUGCUGAGGAGUAG